AGAGAAGCCCCUGAAAUGUCCAAUAUUUUGGGUGUCUUUGGUUUGAGUCUAAGAACACGCGAAGUAGAUAUUGAAGAGGUCUUUAGUAAAUAUGGUACACUUGAAAAAGUCACCAUUGUGUACGACCACCGAAGCAACAGAUCCAGAGGCUUUGGUUUUGUCUAUUUUAAAGAUCAAAAUGAUGCUACUCGUGCCCGUGAAGCUUUGAAUGGUAUGGAAAUUGAUGACAGACAAAUCCGUGUUGAUUACUCUGUCACACACCGCCCUCAUACACCUACACCUGGUGAAUAUAUGGGUGAGCGCAAAUCAACAGGUCGAUAUGACCGUGAUCGUCGUGGUGGUGACUACAGACGCCGUAGAAGUCGCUCUCCUCCCCGCAGAAGAUAUUAUCGCUCAAGAAGCCGUAGCCGAUCCUGGUCUCGUUAA